UACCUAAAUUGAACGGCUGCUUUUUAUUCUGGUCUCCGUUUCCUUUCCUUUCCUUUCCUUUCCCCUCUCCUCCCAAUCUCCACUCCACAGUGCCCAGUGUGGCCGCCGACGCCGCCGCUAACUACGGCGGCGAGAUUCCUCCCCUCAACUGCUCCUCCGGUCGUCGAGCUGCAUAGAGAGAGAUCCCCGAGGCGAAACGAGGAUGAAGUUCCGGAGCUCUGCGAGGGGCGAGCCGCGGAGGUUCGGGAAUGUGGCCCUCAUGGCCCUCAUGCUCUGCUCCCUCGUCGCGCUCUCGCUCAUCAGGGCAAGGUUCUCUCCAAUCGGCAGUACUGGAGCAGUGGAUCCGAAGGCGGUGUCGGUUGUCGCGACGGAGGCCGCCGCCGCCGAGGCUUCCGCGGUAGUACCUGUGGAGGAGGAAGACAAGGAGGAGGCGUUUCAGCCCAAGGUGGAGCACGCCUCGGAUGCUGCCGGCGAUGGAGCCGGCGGGGGCAGCAGCAGCAGCAGCAAGCCAGUGUGUUAUGAGACGAGCCGGCGUUCCGACACCUGCGAGGUGGCCGGUGACGUCCGCCUGGUGGGUCGCAGCCAGACCAUCUACGUGGACGUGCUGAAGCAGGAGUGGAAGACCAAACCGUAUUGCCGGAAGCACGACACGUUUGCACUGUCGCAUGUCAAGGAAUGGUCCCUCAAGCCAGCCGGGGAUGGCAGCGCCGUACCCGAGUGCACUUCGAACAGCUCGGCGACCGCCUUCGUGCUCUCGACCGGCGGCUUCACUGGCAACCCCUUCCAUGACUACACGGAUGUGCUCAUCCCUGCAUUCAUCUCAGCCCACCGCUUCGCGGGCGAGGUCCAGUUCUUGGUGAGCAGCUACAAGCCUUGGUGGAUGAACAAGUACAUCCAGAUCUUCCAGCAGAUGAGCCGGUACGAGGUGAUUGACAUCGAUGCCGACGAUGAGGUCCGGUGCUACCGCAGCGUGGUGGUCGGGCCGACGUUCCACAAGGAGCUUGGUGUGGAUCCCUCGUCGGGCAUCUCCGUGGUGGAUUUCCGCAAGAUGCUCCGGAACGCGUUCGGGCUGGAGCGUGCGACGGCCACACCAAGCGGUGACCGCUGGGACAUCCGUCGGCGCCCUCGGCUGCUAAUCAUCUCCCGGCGAGCCUCCCGCGGGCGGGCGUUCAUGAACGAACGCGCCAUGGCUGACAUGGCAGGGAGCCUGGGAUUCGAUGUUCGCAUCGGGGACCCAGACACCGGCUCCACGGACACGUCCAAGUUCGCUCGGCUGGUGAACUCGUGCGACGUGAUGGUGGGCGUGCACGGUGCCGGGCUCACAAACAUGGUGUUUCUCCCUGCCGGUGCUGUGCUGGUGCAGGUGGUGCCGUACGGGCGCCUGGAAUGGCUGGCCCGCAACACGUUUGCAGAGCCAUCAGCCGGCAUGGAGAUCCUUUACCUGGAGUACGUGGUGCAGCUUGAUGAGACGACACUGAGCGAGCAGUACCCUAGCAAUCACUUGGUGCUAAAGGACCCCAUGGCAAUCCACAAGCAGGGCUGGGACGCGCUCAAGACCACGUACCUUGACAAGCAGAACGUCCGGCCGCACCUCGGCCGCCUCAAGAACACCUUCCUCCAGGCGCUCAAGAUGCUGCCACACGGCCGGGACGAUUAGUUCACCAUCGUCAUGAGAGCUUUAAGUAUUACUGCAGCAGUAGAUAGACAAGAUGAUAGUACUUGGUUUUGGUUUGCUAUAUUUGUUACUAGAAAGAGCUUGUCCAUCCUCGUAUGUGCUCCCAGCUACUUAGAGCAGCUCGCGCGCCAAGCAUAGCAACUGGCCUCCUUCAGCUUGGCACCUCUCUCCCUGAGACAGCACGCUUCCGGUCGACAACUGUGGUGAGUCAACCCCUCCUUUUUGCACAAGCAUGCCACUGGUGGGGGUGUCGGGCUCCCAUAUGGUCAUAUGGAUUACCUCGGCCAUGUUGACACAGUGACAAGGCAUGUGUUGCAUGGUGUGACAUCGCUAUGGCGAUAAAUCUAUAACAUGUAAUGUCUUCGCGUGCAGAUGGAGGUUGUAUUUCUUCGAGUGCCAUGUGUUUAAUAAAAUGCCUGACUUGCAGUAGCAUCAGUUCAUUGCCCUUGUUGUUGUAGGUUGCAUCUCGAGACUAUUUGUUGGCUUCGGUACUCCUUGCAAUUUUGCUACUGUUCACCUUCUAGCCAAUGCUAGAGUGUUUUUGUGAUUUUUCAUUAGGCUGCCAUUUACUCUUGAUAUACAUUGCUAUGACACUUGAACAUGAUUUCCAUUGAGAAGUCCAUUUUAGAGGCAAGUUUUUGCUGGCCAAUUGCAGUAACUGGAGUUGAAAACAAGAACAUGAUUGACACAGUUUGGAUUGUUUUUGUUGUUCCUGUUGGUACGUGUCUCGUGUACAUUAUUUCCUCCAUUACACUGUACUGUAGUCUCUGCUAAGGUGCUAAUUGCUAUGCCAGUGUUUAUGUUCGAGUCUGGCAAUCCCUGCCGUUCUGCCAAUAGAAUUUGGUACUAGAUUAUGAUGUCCCUGUUACAUCACUUGGUUAUUUGCUUCAGUAAAGUUCCAUCUCGAAGCUUGACAAGUCAAACUUUAUCUUAAAGAAGUCGCCAGCUCUAAAAUAUCCAAACAUUUGAGCAAUUAUGGGACUUUAAGUGUCUUGAUCAUACACCCUUUUCAUUUAACUUUAUCCAUCUUCUAUCUAAUUGGCUAGCACAUCAUAGGUAUGUCCUUAUCCAGAUGAUUGAGUUUCAUAAGGAUUCAAGCUUUUUUUUUUUGCGGGGAACAUAAGGAUUCAAGCUACUCUGUGCCAUCUGUCAUCCUACACUAUCUUUACAUGCUAGUACUUUCUAAUAAUUUUACUUCGAUGUUGACUCCAUAGUCAGAAUCAUGCUUUGGAAAGUUUGAAAUUUGAUCAGGAUCAGAUUGAUCUGAAUGUAGCCUGUUCACGAAAUAAUGACAGCACCAGGUAUUGCCUCACAGUCAUUUUAAUAUCUCUAUGGUUCAUGCUUUUUCACCCCCCUCAACAAUCUUCAUGUUGAUUUCAUAUUAGAUAUGGUCAUCCCCUCAGCUCUCUAAUUACCGUAUACAUGAUUAUGUCCACAGGAACAAAUAAUUUGCAGAAAGGAAUCAAAUACUAAGUGAUAUCUGACCUGCCAAGGUGAGAAACAAAUGUUUUUGCUCAAUGGUUUCUCACACUUGUGAAGCUGUCCAUUACGCAGAUCCUCCUAUCUGUCUUUUGAUAUAUAGAGCAUUUUUUUGAAUAAAUUAGUACAUAGUUAUUUUCUUGCUCAUGUGUACAUUGUGCAAUUAACUAGUGAAUUUAAUGCAAAAGAAAGCAUAAACCAUAACCAUCUAUUCCUUUAGCAGAAAGAUAUAAUCAAUGUAAUCGUCUUUCCAUGAUUUUAGGGGUGGAGUGUUUUCUUCUAGAGUACACAUCGAAAUGCGAACCAUUUUCAUUAAGAAGGAAAGACCAAAAAAUGUCCAGAUAAUUACAAAGUCACACGAGUAGCCACCCUAAAGGUUUCGUAAAGAUUUUACAAACUAAGCAGCUAAUGUGCCAUUUGCUUCUGGUGGUUGGGUACUCCACGGUACUGUACCCUGUUCCUAAUGUCUUUGCUGAUUCAGAUAGUGAGUUUCAGCCAAUGUUGUUUUGUGAUGACCCUAAAAAAUAUUGUUUUAUAAUGACGUCAAGAAAGUAGAAACUUGAUGAUGACUCAAGGCACCAUAUGUACUUCUAAAUAUUGUCAAUACAAUGCCAUCAUGCAUUGUCAAAGAGAAAAUUAGUCCAUUCCAAGCAGCAAUGCACGUAGGGUGUAAUCUAGUGUAUAAGUAUAUUCUAGUAUUGGGCCCUGUUUGGAAAAUACUGGAAGUUUUUAUAUAUUUCUAUGGGAAAAUAACUAAAUAAAAUCAUUCAGAAUUUCUGUAAGACCAUCUCUUCCAAAAAAGUGAGUCGAUCCCCUAUGUUCCUUCAGGGAAAGGUUACAAGACAUAGUACCAGCACUUUUAUAAAUCAUCAUCAUACAGUAUGCAUGACGAGUGUUAACAUGAUAGGUAGGUGGUGAGAUUGUUUUGCGUGCAUGCAGCCAACUAGAUAGUAAAUCUAGAGAGUAGCAAUCAAGGUCCUCGAAACUCAAUCAUAUGAAGACUGCAUACCAUACAGGCAUAUUCCCUCCGAUCCUAAAUUGUUGUCGAAAUAUUACAUGUAUCUAGACGCUUUUUAAGAAUAGAUACAUCCAUAUUUGGACAAAUUUGAGACGGUAAUUUAGGAUCGGAGGGAGUACAUCACACUGAUCUGUAUUUUUUUUAUGGAGUUGCUGCCUGUUAUUGUACUGCUUGCUCUCAGUCUAAGCUGCACAAUUGAAUCAUGUGCCUGCACUGGCCUAUGCUCUUCAACCUAUGGUAAUUGUGCAUUUGUGCUCUAUGAUCUGGUAUUAUUUCCCCCCUUUUUUUCUGAACGUUUUGGAUACUGUAGCCCAACCUGUAUAUUUCCACCGCGGGUUCUCCUUGUUUUGUAACAUAUGUCUUUCUACUUUAUGGUCUCGAAAAAACAUGCCUUUCAAAGUUGCAUCUAUAAGAUACAUAUUUGCAAUCGGUACUAACUAAUAAAAAUGCACCUAUAGUAGGCAUUGUUGGUUUGAACAAAGAUGGUGCCUUCCAAUUCCCUGUGUUCCACAGGAAGCACCCUUGCCUAAGCUCGUUGAUUCAUCCAACCAACGUACCUGCAGAGCCGAGUCCCGUCGUUGGUAAUCAUGAGAUCCACGAAGGCAAGUUCUUCAUGGACAUCAGCCUUGGCACACCACCUGUGGCCAAUCUUGUCACAGUUGAUACCGGCUCCACACUCUCCUGGGUUGUCUGUCAACGAUGUCAGAUAUCUUGCCACACAACUGCACCAGAGGCCGGGUCCGUAUUCGACCCUGACAAGUCCACAACUUACGAGCUUGUCGGGUGCUCAAGCAGAGAUUGCGCUGACGUGCAGCGCAGCCUUGUUGCCCCAUUCGGUUGCAUCGAGGAGACUGACACCUGCCUCUAUAGCCUGCGAUAUGGGUCAGGUCCAUCAGGUAGCUCGGCAGACCAACUAUAGAGCCUUCUCCUACUGCUUUCCGGGUGACCAUACAGCUGAGGGAUUCCUGUCCAUCGGAGCCUACCCCAAGGAUGAACUAGUGUACACCAAUUUGAUCCCCCACUUUGGGGAUAGAUCCGUGUACUCACUUCAGCAGAUUGACAUGAUGGUGGAUGGAAACCGGCUCCAAGUCGAUCAGUCUGAGUACACAAAGCGGAUGAUGGUUGUUGAUUCAGGAACUGUAGACACAUUCCUUUUAGGCCCGGUGUUUGAUGCUUUCAGCAAGGCAAUGGCAUCAGCAAUGCAAGCCAAGGGGUUUCUGAGCGACACUGUUGGUACGGAGACUUGCUUCAGGCCUAACGGUGGUGAUUCGGUGGACUCUGGCGACCUUCCAACAGUGGAGAUGAGGUUUAUAGGGACUACCCUGAAGCUGCCACCGGAGAACGUGUUCCAUGACCUGUUACCGUCCCAUGAUAAAAUUUGCUUGGCAUUCAAGCCUGAUGUUGCUGGUGUGAGAAACGUUCAGAUUCUAGGGAAUAAGGCGACAUGAUCAUUCAGGGUUGUGUAUGAUCUCCAGGCCAUGUAUUUUGGCUUUCAAGCUGGUGCUUGUUGAUGGGAGAGGCUGGUCUAUUUUCCAUCCAAGGCACCAACAUCUCUACUAGUAAUAGGUUAAUAACAACGACUGAAACUACGAUUUGAUGACAAUUCCUGUAAUGGUCCAUUAUAAUAAAGUUGUUUGCUUCUCUGA